CUCAUCCUGUGAAGCCUCGUAGGAGGCUGAUCGGCAGCUCCCAUUGGGCUCACGGAGGGCAGGGCUGGGCCAAUGCGAUGGCUCGGGCGGGCGGGGGCCGUUCAAACGGCCGGCGGCCGGGGAGCAGCGCCAUGGUGAAGCCGCCCUGCGCGAUGCAAGCGGGUGGCUGUGACUCGUCUGACGAAGAUACUGCUGAGGAGGAUCCGACCCCACUCAACAUCUCCUGGUUGUCUUUGUCUCCUGUCUACUCUUCUGAGUUCCUGGGAAUCUCUUCCCUUCCUGGUUGCAGGUUUAAGGAUAUUAGAAGAAAUCUUCAGAAAGAUAUAGAGGAGCUAAAGCAGCAUGGGACCCAGGAGAUAUUUGUGCUUUGUACCAGAGGAGAGUUCUUAAAAUACCGAGUUCCAAACCUUGUAGAUGCUUACCAGCAGCAGGAGCUCUGUGUGCACCACUAUCCUAUUCCUGAUGGAGAUGUUCCAGACAUUGCCACGUGCUGCAGAAUCCUGGAAGAGCUCAGAAGCUGCCUGGAGAGUAACCGGAAAACAGUCAUACACUGCUUUGGUGGCCUCGGACGUUCCUGUCUCAUAGCUGCGUGCCUCCUGCUUCAGCUUUCAGACACACUGGCACCUCAGCAAGUGAUAGACAACCUCAGAAGCUUGAGAGGAUCUGGGGCCAUACAGACCAUCAAGUACAAUUACCUCCAUGACUUCAGAGAGAAGCUAGCUGCACACCUGGCGACAAAGGGCACGGCCUUACGAUCCGUAUCGCGGUAACUACCCCUGCCAGGGCUCACCUGUGUCUACAUGGCUGUGGCAGACACCUGGGUGAGAAACUUCACUCCUGACCCUUACAGCUUCUCUUAGCUGCUCCUGCCUGUGUGACACACCUGCUCGCUUUCACAUGUGUAUUUAAAGGGGUGGGGGAAGGAAAUCCUAUAGGACAUGCAGGAUUUUCCUCUCUUUGGCACUUUAAUACUCACUGCCUUAAAGACAUGGAAGUGUAUUUCUGUUAGCUGCUGUUCUGCUGCUGGCCUGCAUGCCUAGAGUUUGUUUUCAAUAGAAUGAUGUCCCUUGCA